AAAAAAAAGUAAUAUUUACUUUUCUUUAGUAUAAGAAUAUUUUAAAAAAAUCUCCAGCAUUUUCAAUGUCUUCUCGUUGGUCUCCUUAUUCACAUACAUACACUGAUGAAUGUUCAGACACGAUCUUUUAAAAAUGUGUUUAUUUUUUGUUUGUGUGUCUUCUUUCUUUCUUUUUUUUUUCGUUUUUUACUAUGAAUACUCAUGUGUAAUCUACCAAUUUAUCAGCCUUGUCUAUCUCUACCUUUGAGUUCAUUUAUGUUUUUUUUCUUCUAACGUUGACUUUGUCCACGUUUAGUUCUGCUACACAUUAUAACCUUAAUGAUGAUACUCAGUGUUCGAAACAGUCGUAUACAUGUGGGCAUUAAAAUUGUUAUAAUUGCUCGUAUCUCCUUCGAGUAAUUACUAUGUUAUCGUAUGGUAAAUGUUUGUAUACAUAAUCAAUGUAGAAAAUGUUGAAUGAAGGCCAGCAGACAUUUCUAUAUGAGUAAGUGAAGCAAAAUCAAUUAAAUCAUAAAUUUCCUUAAAGUAAAAUCAAGUAGUGAUGAAAUAGUAAUGAACAUUAUUGUAAAAGAAAAGAAAAAGAAAAGAGGAGAACAUUUGGAAUUAAUAUCAAUUUGAUACGAUGAUGAAAUAACAAGGUUCAAUGCCAGAGUGAAUAGGCCAUGAAAAUAGAUGAAUAAAAUAUAACAAACAGGUGAUAGUUUGUUGUUUCUUCUUCUUCUUCUUCUCGUUUCGUUUCGUUUUUUUCUCCUGUUUCACACUCUAAUAUUAUGUGAAGAGAGCAUUUACAUAUACAAGUGAUUGAUUCUUGAGGGUGACCGACAUCAAUGAAUUUUAUUACUCUUCUUCAACUGUUCUUAUAUCCAUUAUUAGGUAUAAUCAAAACUUAAUUCUUAAUAUUAAUAAAUAUUAAUAAUGUCUAUUAGUUCAUAGUAACAUAUGUAAUGAUCCAAUUCAUCUUAAUGGACGACAGCAGAAAUCCUCAAUUUAUUGUUCAUCAUGUUCAAUACAUAUUGGUGGAUAUACAUCAUCUCCUAUUAUACAAUUAGAUAUACCAACACUGACACAGAUAACAGGUAUAUUUGUUCAAAAUCACAAUGAAAAUCAAGAAACUAGUCCUAAGAAAGGAUCAUAUUUUUUGGAAUAUCGACGAACACAAGAUGGACCAUGGCGAGUUUAUGGACAACGUCGACAACGAAAAUUAUUUAUUGAACGACGUCGUUUAUUUUUUAAUGAUAAUGAUAACUCUAAUACAACACGUACAUUUCUUCCAUCAAUUGUAGCCCGACAAGUACGAAUUAUUUUUAUAACAGCAUCGACGUCUACAUGCGCAAUUAUUCAACUAUUUGGUUGUCAGUCUCAAAAUGGUCUUAUCUCGACACGUUUUUCUCAAAAAUCAAUUAUUAAUUCUGAUAUAAAAUAUGAUGGAUUAAUUACAAAUUCAUCUGUUCGAGGUGGUUUGGGCCUAUUAAAUGAUGGUGAUACAUAUCAAUUUCUUCAAUGGUCUCCAUCACCAGAACCAAUUUUACUUUUUUUUGCAUUUGAUUCAAUCAAAGAAUUCCACUCAAUUAAUCUUGAUCUUAAAUGUUCGGUAUUAUUUUCAUCAAGUUGUACAUUAAAAAUCAAUGUUGGAAUAUUAGA